UUUCCUUCCAUUUUUUUUUCAAGAUUAUACCAUCCGUCUGGAACAAUUCAUGAUGGACAGGGAAAUUACUCGGUUAGUGUUAAAUGUAGUUGGCUUAUCGACGCGCGACAUCCCCAUUCAAAUUCUUUGCGAACACCUUCAAUUCGUAUUCACCUGCGUGAAUUUGCUACUGAAUGUGGUUGGGAUCACCUGUAUAUUUACGAUGGCGAUAGUGUGGAUUCCCCACUGCUAGCAGUAUUUAGCGGACUUAUGUAUAGAGCUGAUUUCGCUAUACGAAGAGUACCACAGGUGAUUGCAAGGUCAGGGACAGCGCUUCUUCAUUUCUUUAGCGAUGAUGCCUACAAUAUGUCUGGUUUCAAUCUAGCAUACAAAAUGGAUGGUUGUCCUACUAGCAUAGAGGAUCUUGAGUGCUCUGCUCAUGGAAGAUGCAGUGAUGGUGACUGCAUUUGUGAUACCUUGUAUAAAGGUGAGGCUUGUGAUGUAGCUGCAUGUCCCAAUAAUUGCUCGGAGGACAAAGGCCAGGGCACAUGUAAAGAGGACGAAGAAAGAUGCAUGUGUAAUGAAGGCUUUGGCGGUAACGAUUGCGGGCAACUUAAGGCGCUUGGUGUUUGGUCCACAAUUUAUCCAACACAGUCACCCCCUCCACCAGGCACGGCAUCACAUGGUGCAGCUGUGUGGCGUGAUACCCUUCAUAUAAUAGGUGGAGAGUCGUACGGUCGCGGAGAGCUAAUGACGACUUAUGAUUUCAACGGCAAUGUGUGGGAAACCUUGCAUAUUGAUGGCGGAGGUAGUGUACCCGAAAAACGGUACGGAGCCUCGACAGUUAUGUAUGGAGAUAAAAUUUUCAUGUACGGCGGUGUGAUUGAAGGACGUGGUAUAUCAAAUGAGUUAUGGGCAUUUGAUGUUUCUGCCAAAACAUGGGAAAAUAUAACGGUUAAAAGUGAUUCAUGUAAUGCAACUGCUUUAACUUCGUAUGCUAUGUGUGGUCCGUUACGAGUAGCAGGUCAUACGGCGACUUUAGUGCCAGGAUUCGGUGAAAAAAACAAUUACCAAUAUAUGAUUGCAAUUUUCGGGCAUUCUCCACAAUAUGGCUACCUGAAUACAGUGCAAGAGUUUAAUUUCGGUACACGUGAAUGGAAGAUUGUUGAAACGUAUGGUUAUGUGGUAAAAGGGGGUUUCGGCCAUAGCGCAGCAUUUGAUUAUUUAACUGAAAAGGUCUAUGUUUAUGGCGGUAUUAUAUCGGAGAGUGAGUCCAGCCAGGUGCUUAGUUCAAAAUUGUUCGCAUACGAGCCAUCCACUCGCACUUGGACGUCAUUGUCUGCGGCACCAAGUGCACGUUUACUACAUACGGCCAACUUUAUAAAUCAUGGACUCAUGAUGGUCUUUGGCGGCAAUACUCAUAACGACACUUCACAAAGUUACGGUGCAAAGUGCUAUAGCCAAGAUUUAUUGGUAUACGAUGUGUAUUGUGAUUCGUGGCAUGUACAAGAGAUGCCGGAACAUUUGCAAACUGAUUUAGCCAGGUUUGGUCAUAGCGCUGUUGUGUUCGAGGACGCACUUUAUAUUUAUGGCGGUUUCAACGGCCAAUUAUUAAAUGAUAUGUUACGAUUCAGACCCGGUUACUGCAGUUUUUACACAAAGCAAGAAAAAUGCACCAACGGUCGUCCGGGCGUCAAAUGUAUAUGGGAUGUGCAAAAGAUGCGCUGCAUUCCCAUAACGCAGGUACAACGUUCAGCGAUAUUCGGUCGAGAACCAUACGAUUAUGUAGUUUGCCCACCAAAAAGUCGCCUCACAAUGACUUCAGAAUUACUGAAUGAUGUUCUACGUUGUCAAGAACUCAGUAAUUGCCAAUCAUGCGUGGCGAAUUCAUACGGCUGUACUUAUUGUGGAAAUGGUGUUUGCGCAAGGGAGCGAUGUCGUGAGACCACAUCAAUAACAACAUUAUUCUAUGAAGCUAAUAGCCAACAGAAACACCAACAACAACAACAACACCAACAAUUUGUGCCGCCAGCCACACCAAGUGCGAACAUUAAACACCUCGACAAUUGUCCAAAAAUAGAAGAUUUCAUGAUUACCACAGUUUGUGAACAGUUGCACAGCUGUCACGCCUGCUCCGCAAAUAUGGCAUGCAGUUGGGAUGCCGAGCAUAAUCGUUGCAGACCAUAUCUUUCCAAUAAUGUACAUUUCAAUCGCACCCGAGACGAUAUCAUUUGUCCACAACCGUGCGCCACGUUGACAAAUUGUCACAACUGCACUGAAGAUGACUGCAUUUGGUGCCAGAAUGAGCAGAGGUGUGUCGAUCGAAAUGCAUACACGCCCAGCUUCCCAUACGGACAAUGUAGAGAAUGGACCACUCACGCUGCAAAAUGUCGUUCGCCUCCCACCAACACUGCUAUCGGCCAGUCAACCGCUGCACAGUCCAGUGCACAAUGUGGGUUCUAUAACAGUUGUGCUCAAUGCUUGGAUGAUCCGGCGUGUGGUUGGUGUGACGAUGGUUCAAAUACGGGCUUGGGGAAAUGCAUUGCUGGCGGAGCAUUGUCGCCUUACGAUUCGAACGAGUGCCAACUAAAACAUUGGUUUUUUACUUCUUGUCCACGUUGUAAUUGCAAUGGCCACUCUCACUGUCCUGAUUAUAUAAACUGUGAGCAACCAUGUUCGAAUCUUACCACCGGUCAACAUUGUGAAAAAUGUAGCAAAGGUUAUUGGGGAAAUCCAAUUAAUGGCGGUCACUGUGAAAAGAUAUAA